AUGAUAAUCACUGAAUAUCAGGAUGGAGUGAUCCGAAGACAAACUGCAAAGUGGUCGAUCUCGUAUGUUUCGGCUCAGUUGCUAAAUACACAGAUACAUUUGUUCGGUGAUAGCACGCAACCAGUGAGCGAGAAGUUCUUCACACGAACAGAUGAUGACUCAUUUUUCAUUGGCCUGGAUCGUUUGUCGUAUAUUCGGGAAGCGCGCUUCCAGGAUGACAAGAAUGACUUGCGCGCUGGCGUCUCAAAAUUAUCGGAGAAUGAUGAAGCGGUGCAUCGACUUACAAUUUAUGAUUUGCGUGCUUCAUGGACUCCGGAAAAUCGUGACACCUGUUUG